CCUGUGUGUGCCCCGCCCCUCGCCCGCUGCGCCUCGCACUCUCGGCUCCUCCCGGCCUUCUCCCGGCUCCCGUCGGGCUGUGACUGUGCCUGAGGUUCCUGCCGCGGCUCGGCCACGACCGGCAUUUGCAGUGCAAAAUGGCUGACCUGAGUCUCGCGGAUGCAUUAACAGAGCCGCCUCCAGAAAUUGAGGAAGAGAUAAAGCGGGACUUCAUUGCCACCCUAGAGGCUGAGGCCUAUGAUGAUGUUGUGGGGGAAACAGUUGGAAAAAGGGAAUAUAUUCCCCUCAUGGAUGUUGAUGAGAAAACUGGGAAAAAGAAGAAAUCAGGCUCAGAUACUAGCCAGGCUGAAGGUACUUCAGCUUCCAAACCAACAGUUCUAGCCAAUGGUGAUCAUGGAAUAGAAGAGAUAAAUACUACAGAUCCCUUUAAGAUGCACCAUGACGAUGGCUUGGGAGAUUUGCUCUUUCUCUCUAGUGAAACUACAAAUGCUGAAACAUUUACAGGGCAAAGUGUUCCUGUGGAAGGUGUAUCUUCCUGUGACAUGUUUGCUCCCACAGCGGUGGUACCUCAGGAGUGGUCUGUAGAAGCUCCAAGUUUUCCACAGUCAGAGCCCUUUGUUUCCCUUGAAGUCACUGCUGAGACUUCACAGCCAACAGACCUAGCCAAAGAAGUAGAAAUGGCAUCAGUAGAGGACCAGCCACCAACAAAAACAUUGGAAAUGAUUGAACAGAAGACCACUGCCAUGGUACCAUCUGGAGGAACAGAGGUGGUCUCAGAAGAGAACAUGGCACCAAUCACAGAAACAGAGAUGGCAUUAGCUACAGCCAAGGAUGAACCCACCCAAUCAGAAGUGACACUGGCCAAAGAUUUGCAGUCAUCCAUCGAAUCAGAUCUGUCCCUGGCCAAGAGCAUCGUACUGCCCAUAGAAACAGAAGUGGCUGCAGUGAAGGAUGUCAUAGUGCCUGUAGAAACAGAUGUGUCUUCAGCCAAGGAAGUAUUAUUGCCUCCAGAAACAGAGGUAGCCCCAGGAAAGGAUUUGACACCAUUGAAAGAAGCAGAGAUUGCCCCUUCUGUAAAAGUGGACUUGGGCUCACAUGAUGACAAGGUACCACCCCAAGAAACAGAAAUAGCCCCAGCCAUGGGUAUGGUACCACUUCCAGCAAUAGAAGGGGCACUGGACAAGGAAACUGCACCAGCCACAGAAAACUCCUUUGCGGAAAUGGCUUUGAGCUCACAGACAGAGGUGGCCCUAGAAAGAGACAUGACCCUCUCCCCUGAUAGCACACUCUUGACCAAGGAUGUAGCACUGCCCAUAGAAGCAGAAGCCACCCCAGUCAAGGACAUGACUCCAUCCCCAGAAACAGAAAUGGCUCCGCCCCCUGAAGCAAAGGCGGGUCAGGUUGAAGACCUACAUAUGUUUUCGGGACCAGAAGUGGACUUGAGCAAGGAUAUCACUACACCCCCAGAAACAGUGAUGACCUGGGUAGAUACUAUGACCCCACCCCCAGAAAAAGAGGUAGCUUCCGUCAAGGACCUGCCUCUGCUGCCGGAAACAGAGGGAGCCCUGGUCAAGGAUGUGAUUCUGUCUCCUGGCGCAGAGGUGACCCUCGCCAACAAUGAGACCCCAGCCAAGAAUGCCACCCCACCCACAGAGAAAGAGGUGACCCCAGUCGUAGUUAAAGACAUGGAAAUUGCACAGACCCCGGAAGGAAUAAGUGAGAACUUCCAGGAAAAAUCUCCUCAGGACGAGAGGCAGUCACCCACAACUUCUUUCGUGAUUUCACCAGAACCAGGCCAAAAGUAUAACUUGCCAACAGAUGAAAACGCUCUGUCAGAGAAAUUAGAACAAAAGGAACCACUCAGCAGUCCUCCUUCUGAACUUCCUUCAGAGACCUCAGGAAUAGCCAGGCCAGAAGAAGUAAAGGCUGCUGCUGUGAGUGUGACUGGAAAUGACAUCACUACCCCCCCAAAUAAGGAGCUCCCACCAAGUCCAGAGAAGAAAACAAAGCCUGCUGCAGAGGCAAAGAUUCCUGAGAAACGGACCUUACCACCCAAGCCCACCUCUGCUCCAGCCCUCAGAUCUGUACCCAAGAAUACCUCGACUGCCCCCAAAGCCACAUCAUCUGCUACUCUUGUCUCCCCUGGGCAGAGCAGUAGAAGCGCCCCCACACACUUGUCCAAGAGACCCACCACCCUUAAGACGGAGGGCAAACCUACAGAUGUUAAGAAGAUGACUUCAAAGUCUGUACCAGCUGACUUGAGUCAUUCAAAGAGUACCUCAGCCAAUUCCACGAAGAGAAAUGCCACUCCUACAGGGACGACUGUCCCAGCCCCCCCACGAGCGAAGCCCACCUCCGCCCCUCCCCGGCCCUCUGCCACUGCUUCGCUGGAUAAGAAGCCCACGGCUGCCAAGGCCAGCUCUUCUGCCCCCAGGCUGAGCCGGCUGACCACCAAUGCCUCCUCUCCUGUCCCGGAUCUGAAGAACGUCCGUUCCAAAGUUGGUUCUACAGAAAACAUCAAGCACCAGCCUGGUGGAGGCCGGGCCAAAAUAGAGAAAAAAUCAGAGGCAGCUGCCACAGCUGGAAACGCAGCCACUAAAACAGCCAUCCCCAUUGAAAGCACACAGAAAUCACCUGCUGGCAAAGUCCAGAUAGUCUCCAAAAAAGUGAACUACAGCCAUAUUCAGUCCAAGUGUGGUUCCAAGGACAAUAUUAAGCAUGUCCCUGGAGGUGGUAAUGUGCAGAUUCAGAACAAGAAAGUAGACAUCUCCAAGGUCUCCUCCAAGUGCGGGUCCAGGGCCAACAUCAGACACAAGCCUGGUGGAGGAGAUGUCAAGAUUGAGAGUCAGAAGUUAAACUUCAAAGAGAAGGCCCAGGCCAAAGUGGGAUCUCUCGAUAACGUAGGCCACCUCCCUGCAGGGGGUGCUGUGAAGACUGAGGGCGGUGGCAGCCAGGCCCCUCCGUGUCCGGGCCCUCCCGCUGGGGAGGAGCCUGCCAUCUGUGAGGCCGUGCCGGAAGCUGGCACCUCUACUUCCGCCAGUGGCCUCAGCAGCUCCACCCCCUUCUCAGGGGGUGGUGACCAAAGGGAGGCCCAGACCUUGGACAGCCAGAUACAGGAGACAAGCAUCUAACGAUGACAUUCUGGUCUCGUCUUCCCUCUCGUCUUCCCCAUUCCCCUUUCCCUUCCCCUCCUCCCGUGUCACUACAGAUUGAGACGUACAGGCUGACCUUCCGGGCAAACGCCAGGGCGCGCACCGACCACGGGGCUGACAUUGUCUCCCGGGCCCUCGGCUCCCUUCCCCGGGCUGUCCACUAGACUUGUGAGCCUUCUAGGUCCCCUUCCUUCCCUCCUCGCCUCGCUUGCUCAGGGCAGCAGUAGCCCCGCCCCCGCCCUUGUCCCCGCCCCCUGCCACUUCCUGCCAGGGCCCAGCUCCCAACUUAGCUCCUCUUCCAUCACUGCGCAUCUUAACUUGCUGUGGAGAAGGCAAAUGGAGAGGGCCUGGGAAUCCCGUGGGUUCCAGGAGGGAGAACUGGAUUCCAACCUCUUUCUGUUUGGUUUUUUUGGACCAAACCCCAAAGAAACUGACAUUAUUCCUCCUCCCCCUCCCCCAGCCCACGAAGCUUCUGCCUCUGACCCCACAGCACCAGCCACCGUGCAAAGUGGGCCAGGCCCUCUCGCUGCCCUGCCCCAAGUUAGUUAGGGGCCAGUGUUGCCUGUUCCGCUGCUUAGCAUACCUACCAAGCUGCUGUCACUCCCCGCCCCCCACACCCCUUGUUUUAUUCUUUAUAUAUAUAUAUCUACUUCCCCCUAGUAACCUAUAAACUGCUGAUGUAGUUUGCAGGGUGAAGCCAUGUCUAAAUGAGAGUCCUCAGUAGGUGAUAAAAGGAGAGGAGGGAGGGAAGGUCCUGAACCUCCAGUUUGUGGAGGCUGUGUUGGGAGGCUGCCCCCUGCUCUGGGCAGCUUGGAGCCCUGGAGGUGCUGUGGGCCAGGGGGGGGAAUGAGGUGGGCUGUGGCCUCUUCAAGGGGCAGACUAGAGCUGAUCAGUAUGGACUGCUUUGUGUUGGCAUUUGGUGUGGAUGCUGCUUCUCUAACCCAACAGGCUGGUUUGGGCAUCUUAAUCUGUCUCAUUCCUCGGGAUCUGACAGUCAACAGGAAAGGGCCAGUGGGGGGUCAGAACUCCUUUAGGCCCAAUGCUGCAGGGCUUAGGCACGCAAUCCCAGUCUCCACGGGUGCCCGCGAGGUCCAGAACUCCUGUGGCCACCGGGGAAUCAGGUGUAGAAAUCAACAGAAUAAGUAAGAGGUGUGAUGGAAGGCCCACCCCACAUCUCCCCUGUGGCCUGACUGGAGGACUGGGGAGUUGGGGGGCAGGGGGAGGCUAGCCCGUGGAGGGUGCCCAUCUGUAACUAGUUCCGCUCGUAGGGUGGCUGCGAUGAUGAAAAAGUCCCGGGAAUUUUAUCAACUCCCCCCCCCCCC